AUGGCAGACCUUUCAUAUAAUGAUUUUUAUGGUCAAAUCUUAUUCUCCAUUGGAAAACUUUCUCAUCUCACCUCUCUCAACCUUUCUCGUAAUCAUCUUUUUGGCCAGAUUCCAUCUUCAAUUGGAACUCUUUCGAAUCUCACAUCUCUCCGCCUUUCUGUUAAUCGGUUUUCUGGUCAGAUUCCAUCCUCAAUUGGAAACCUUACAUAUCUCACCUCUCUCUCCCUUUUUAAUAAUCAGUUUUCGGGGCAGAUUCCAUCCUCAAUUACAAAGCUCUCUCGUCUCGAAUAUCUUAACCUGGGUUAUAACAAUUUCGAUGGUGAAAUCCCAUCUUCUUUGGGCAGUUUGAAACAGUUGACGGACUUAGGUUUAGGAUCCAUUAAGCUUAGUGGUAACUUUCCUGUUGCGCUACUUAAUUUGACAAAGUUGUCGUAUUUAUCACCUUCGUAA